AUGACGAUUCGUGACUUUGUCCUCUCUUCUGCAAAACCGUUUGAAUCGUAUGGAUUUUUCUUGAUAUACAUAUUUGGGUUGUUAUACACUGGUUAUGCGUUUUAUAUAGUAGUUGAAUACUAUUUAAUUCCGAGUUGCAACAACUGCUCGAAAGUUGUCACGCGGAUCAUAAAGAAUAGUUUUCUAGCCAACUUGAUAAUGAUUGCGGCCCAAUCGAUGCCGGAGUUUUUCAUUGGGUUAGUUGGGUAUGCGUUGAUAGGGGAUGUUGUCUUUUCCGCAUCCAUCAUAUUUGGGUGUACAUUAGUGAAUACGAUGUUACUGACUGGCUUGGCGUCGUUCAUUUCUCUUGACAAUGUUGUUGUAGCCAAAACAGCCUUUGUGAGGGAUGCGACCUUCUUUUUAGUUUCGGUCAUCAUCAUUUAUUUCUUCUCGUCACCGUUUACCAUCAAACAACUUGAAUCGACAUCAGAUGCACCAACCACGACAUAUUUAUUGAUUUUGUUGUGGAUAUCACUCUUCAUCUAUGUCAUGUAUAUCAUUACAUUCACUAUGAUGUCGUUCUUCUCGAAGAAAAGAGUGUACGACCACCACUUUAGGUUCUUCGACAAACUCAUUGGGAAAAAGGAGAGUCAUGAGAGUGAAAGUGUUACAGAGAACAAGUCGACGUUGGCUGAAUCCGAGAAGGUUGAAAUCCCAAUCACACUCCACGAUGAUACAGUGGUGCAGUUACACAGUGGACUGUUGUUUGUCAAGUCGCCGUAUUACACAAAUGUCACAUUUUCUCCAUUACAGUGGAAGCAACACUGGUGCGACCUUUUCAGAGACGAGAUGUUAAUACACAAAGACGCAAAUCCUCUAUCACCGACAUUCCAGACUAUUCCCGUCUCGUCGAUAACUAAAGUUAUUUGUGACACUAUGGAUCCUACAUUCUUUAUAUUAGCAAUGUGGAAUGGAUCGCAUACAGUACGGUACACUAUGCGAAGUAAUCAGCGAGAGUCGUGGGUAUCGUACUUCGAAGUUUUGUUACAAGAAAAUAACACAUUAGUCAAGUCGAAGCACUCGAAGACGUUCUUUGAGAUCAUGCAGCGGAAGUGCACGUGUAAAGCAACGAUGAGUGAUUCACAAACGUUUUUGAAUAUGCCUCGCGGUAAAGCACAACGAGUCAUCUACGUCAUUUUCUGGCCUUUACUGAUGUUAUUGGCCUACACAAUUCCAGACGUGAAAAUUAAGUCAUUGGGUCGAAUGACUCCUUUGACCAUAUUAAUUUCAUUAAUAUACAUCGCAAUAUUCGCUUUUAUUGGAGUCUUCUGUGGGUAUCGACUUUCUGAAGUGCUUCGUUGUCCCAAUGAUGUCUUAGGGUUUACAUUCGUUGCGUUAUGUUUGUCUAUUCGUCAUAUAAUAAGUGGGUGGGUGAGUGGCAGAAUGAUGUGUGCCAAUUUGGCGAUUUUGAAUUCAUUUUCUGUGUCAUUAUUCUUCACAAACGUAGCUAUAGUAAUACCAUGGAUGAUUUACUAUUACACAGUGUUGGCUAGAAAACUCGAUGUGGGAGAGCAAAAGCAUUUCACUUUAUAUUCACUUGAAUGUAUCACGAUUGGGGAAAUAGUGGUGACAGUAUCUCACUUAAUAGGAACCGUCGGAUUUAAAAACUUGACAAUCAGCCACGCGUUCGGUAUAUUCUUGGUGUUGGGGUACAUACUCGUCUUUUGUGCAACUUUACUCACAUGGAUAGGAACAGUCGUGUAA